CAGUACAGUGCGUGUGAUGCCAUCUCUCGAAUUACUUUUAAAUUUUUCAAUAAUCUAGUGUAAUGAAUCCAAAAAUACACUAAAUUUUCGGAAAAUUUCAAUAUCAUUUGUGUACUUUAUACAUUACAAAGAUUAAAUUCUUGUAAAUCAAUAAAACUUGAGGUUUACGCUUAGUUAAUAAUUGUUUAGGGAUUAAAAUGUUUAAACUGAAUAAGGAAACACUGCAAAGUAUUUUAAUUGCAGUAUAUGUAGUAUAAUAUGAAUAAAUCAUUGAAAAGUCUCCAAAAUGUUUAAUAUAAUAAUAAUAAUAAUAAUUAAAAAUCUUUUAUUUUCGAAACGUGUAGUAGUAGUAGUAGUACUUAGUCACGUUGGAAAAAAUCGAUAAUUCAGUAAAGUGUUAGUGAGGAAUCACUUAGACAGGUGAGUGUAGAAUCCAUUCGUAAACCGUAUAUUAAUCUUUCCGCUUAACUGAUGACAUUACAUGAAUAUUAAUCGGAUCAACUCUAUAAUUUUAUUACUUUUCAUAUAUUAUCGUCUCAAUCUUAUCUCUUAACUUAUCUCACGUUUAAGAGCUACGAUUAAAAAUAAUAUUUUAAGUUACUUUACUAAUAUUUCUCAACGUAAAUUAAAGUAAUAAUUUUCCGUAAAAAAAUGAUGCCUGCUUAGACAAUUAAGUUGUUAACUUAUAAAUAUUUUUAGGAAGUUAUUUUAAAAUUAAUAUUCAAAUGUUGACCUACCAAAAUUGUCCUUUAAAUCAUUUCUUUGCACGCACUUUCUAAUGUAUUUUGAAUUAUUCAUUUCCCCCCUUCGUGGAAGCGCAUAUCGUAAAUAAUUUAGAAAUUUAUACGAAUAAAUUUUCAAAUAUUUAUCAUAAAAUGUCCCGUAUUUUGAUUUCCUUUAAGUUUAUUUUUAUCUUAAAUGAGCCUCAAUACAGUUUAACAUUAACGAGUCAUAAAUAGUUCAAACUUUAUAUCAACACGAAAAUAUUAAUUAAUUGUAGUUACAGCGAAUAGUGUUACUUUAAUUUGAACGAUCGACACAUUUUAUAAGUAUACAAAGAGCGCAAGUUGCAUAGAAAAUUUGAAUAAUAGCCGAACUUUAUAAUAAUUAUACCUAUUAAAUUAGACACGCUGCGGUUAAUAUGGAUCCAGUAACAUUCUUAGUUUAGUUACCAAAGCAGAAAAUGAUCAUUAAAUGUUUCUCGCUAAAAUCCCUCCCUCGCUAUAAAACGAUUUUCAGUCGAAUUAAUCGAGCCAUUAAUUUUGUUAUAUAUAUAUUAAGUUAUAAACUUUGCGGAAUUUUCUAGUUAUUUAACUGAAAAAUACAAAGUGAAAGAUUUGGCUCAUGUCUGAGUGGAAGAAGUACCCGAUAGUGUAUAAAGAUUUUAGCACUUUAAAUAUCAUUUCGGAAGAGCAAUUACAAUUGAUUUUGGAUAGUGUACCUCAACAAGAGCUUAGAAGCGAAGAAUGGGAAGAAACGGAGCUAAAUCAGAGUAAUGAAUACCCAUUUGAAGAUCCUACACCGUCUGUUCUUCGUUAUAUCAACUUGGAGAAACUAUACUGGAGAGAUACAGAUUGGAGGAUGAUAACUGACGAAAGACCUUCGACAGAGAAGGACGAAAGAUUUUUUAGCAGACUCGUCGAAUUGGAAAAAUUUCGGCUUUUUACAAAAGCUGUAGAAAUGAGAAGGAAGAAAAAGAUGGAAGACGAGUUAGAAGAAGGUGUUUUACAAAUUUCGGAGGUUUCUUAUAGGAGUUAUAGUAGGGAGUGUCUCGAGGACGAAGAGGUGGAUCAAUAUGAUGACGUAGAAGAUCAGAUUGAUGAUGGUCAACAUCUACAACCGAAAAAUAAAUCAAAAUGAUUUUUCUAAGAUGAGUUUUUAUUAAUAAAUUAUUAUACUUGAAAAUUAAGUAAAUCAAUUUUUAAUCAAAACUUUUAAUAUUUACUUAAAGGGUCCUAAAUUUUUUUAAAAUUUACAAACUAUAACGUAGUUUCUUAAUAUUUUAUUAGCUUGUGAUUCUCUUAAAGAGAGAAAAUAACGUUUCUUUGGGACCUCCUGGUUGAUAAGUAAUACCGUACAUAACGAACGAUUCAACAUAUCAAAAAUUUGAGAAAUUCUAAUUACAUUUUAUUUAAAAAGUUUUAUACAAAUUCGUUUAAAAUCACAAUGUAACUGGAACAAUUGUUCUGGUCUCCUUCAAUUAAUAAAAAUAACAUUUGGAUAAAAUAAUUGACACAUUAAAUUGCUA